AUGUCUCGAAAUAUGGAACCAAAAAUUGCGAACUUUAACUUUUCAAGAAUGCACAAUGAUAUUACUUCUGAUAUCGAAAAAAGCCUUUUGGUUAUGACAAACUGGAUGGCUCCAGAGAAAAUGGAGGAACACUAUGGUGAGCAAGGGAAAUCAAUUAAAGUUUCAUACACUCAGAAACAAGAAAUUUUCAGUUACGGAAUGCUCGUUUGGGAAUUAUGUUAUAGAAAGAUUCCUUAUAAAGAAAUGAGCCCAAACGAAAUAGCAGAACAUGUCAUGAAACGUGGAAGAGAAAAAUUAUCCGGUCCGUUUUCAGAUUCUUUAGUUUCAAAUGAGAAUGAAAUCCAAGAAGGCUUUAAUAAUAUCAUUAAAUCUGCAUGGAUACACAAUGAAGAUGAAAGAAUUAAUAUAGAUGAAUUAUAUUUAAAGCUUUCAGAUUUGAAAAGGAAUAUCAAAUCUGAUCCAUCACCAAUUUUAUAUUCUUCAUCCGAACAUUCUCCUGAAGAAUAUAAACGAAUUUUAACAAUUGAAGAAGGAAUUAAACUUCAUCAAUCAAACGAUCCUCAAAAAAGAAUCGUAGCCUGGGAAUGCUUUAUAACCUAUGACUUCUUGGGUAAUUCUCUUGCUACAUACUGGAAAGGAUAUUAUUUAUUGGAAGGUUACUAUACUGAUAAGCAAAGAACUGAAGAUCAAAAGAAUAAUGAUAGGGAUAGAGCUAAAGAACUUUUUAAAAUUGCAGCAGACAAAGGUAUCAUUAAUGCCCAGUUCUAUUAUGCUGUUUGCUUGCCGAAGUCAAAGAAUUCCAAACCUGAGCUUAUUAAAUAUCUUAGAAUGGCUGCUGAUAAUGGACAUAGUGGGGCCCAGUUUAAUCUUGCUAGAAUACUUCUAGAGAAUAAUAAAGAUAAAGAUAUUGGAUUACGAUACUUAAACCUUGCAAUUCAGAAUAAUAACAGAAAAGCAGUAGAAUUUAAAAAAAAAUUGAAUUUAGAUAUUGACAAUUCUAAUAAUGACGAAUAA